UGUACUUACUUACUGUAAUUUUCGAAUACUUAAUUUUUGCUCGUGGCAGAUUUUUGAAUGGGUUUGCGGUAUUAGGGGAUACUUUUGCUACGGGUCAUUAUUGGUUAAUUUUGUAAGUCGCGGACGUUUCUUUUAUCCACAAUACCUUAGAGUUUACCAUGCAGAGGCUUUUGCUUUGAUGCUUCGAGUAUCCUCAAAGUUUCCAUAGUCAGUUGUCACAGCACGCAGAGAGUCUGCCCAGUCUUAUAAAACUUUGGAGACCAGAACGACAGCGAUAUAACAUGCCUAAAAAUUCCGAUGUGCCUAAACAUCGUAAGGAGAAGCUUGCUCGAGAUGGAUCGCCUGAGGGGGAAAUGGAUCCUGAGCUGGUUCGGAAUCCGCCCCAAAUGCCAGACUCCAGCGUUAAAUUUACGGAAAACGUUAUCUCCACAUGCAUUGCCAAAGGUUUCAAGAAGUCGAAAACUAAAGUUGCGGGUGAUGCUGUGCAGAUGAUGGAAUGGGCUACUCGGGUUUAUGUUUUAGAACUAUUAUGCCGUUGUGCUCAGGAAGCCCAGCUAUUUUGUAGAAAGAUCGUCAGACAAAAGUUGAUGAGACACAUCUGGAGAGAAUUUUGGCGCAAUUCAUGCUGGAUUUCUCCUAGGAACCACGGUAUUUGCACCGAAUUAUGAAAACAAAACAAAGCAUCAAAAAUGAGAGAAGCACUAUACCGAACACGGUGCCAGUGGAAGAAACCAACCAAAAUACCAAGAACUGCCUUUGCAAAAUCAACCAGCAAAAAAACACGUAUUGCAACGGUUUGGUUGAGUGGAGAAAUGGGAUAAAAAAACCAGUCGCGCGCGCAAAACUGUAACGUCACGCAAAAUGCAUUGCUAUUUAAAUACGUCCCUUGUUAGCUUGUUUCCUCGUUCGUGUUGCUGUUUUGAUUCUUGAUGCCAAAAACCAGCUGUAUGAUAUGCUCACAGUCGUGUUCCUUCAGGAAGCGGAAAAAUUCGCCCAUAUCUCGGUUACCGCUUUGAGUGCCGCCUGCGCUGUUGCUGUUAUUGGCGGAAGUUGUGGUAAUUUCCUUAAAUUUGGAAAAUUUUUGCUCUUUUGCUACGUUAUCAGCUGGAAUAGUAGAAUUCUCUUGAUGCUUUAGAGUAAUGCGCUGCCAUGAUAAACGUCGAAUUUGUUCCCAGAAAGCUCGCGUAUCCUGGCGCAUCCC